AUGACGAGAAGAACGUUGCUCCGCGGAUGCUUCCAGAUCCUCCUAGCGCUAACCUCCCUAGCCGCGUAUGGGGCAGGAGCACCGCUGGCAGCGGCAGCACGCGGCACAAGCAGGCGCCCCCCACCCCCCUACUUAAAGCCCCCUAUUGAAGUCUUAGGGACCUGCGCGGAUUCAGGUGCGAUCAACAUGACAAUCUCGCCGGUUUUCAUCGGGACCACGUGGCGAGGGUGGGGCACUUCGCUCUCUUGGUUCGCGAACUACGUCGGCGGCUUGCCGAAAAAGCAGCUGAACGCUCUUCUCGACCUGAUUUUCGAACCCACGAAGGGCCUUGGACUGAACAUCGUACGAUACAACAUCGGAGGGGGGCAUAAUAAGAAAUUCAGCCCGCAAUUCUACAACAGUCUCGACGCGUUUUGGAGGGGCAUGCCGGGUUUCAAGCCAACUAAGAACGGACCGUACAAUUGGGGCGCGGAUCAGCGGCAGCGGAAUGUGCUGCUGGGAGCCAAGGCGAGGGGAGCGAAUAUCUUCGAGGCGUUUUCGAACAGCCCGCCGUGGUGGAUGACGUAUACAGGUGACGUGGCAGGUGCGCGUCGGAAAAAGCGGACGAAUCUGCGGCGCGAGUACGAGCGCGCUUUCGCGGACUACCUGACGACGGUCGUUGCUGAGUAUGCGAAACGUUGGGGGGUAACGUUUGAUGCGCUCGAGCCUUUUAACGAAGCGUUAGAAGGUUUCUGGCUGGCCGGGAAGGAGCAUGAAGGCUGCUCCUUCAAACCACCCGAAAUGAGUCGUGUCAUCAAAUACACUUCAGACUCGCUUAAAUCGAAGGGCCUCAAAACGAAGCUGGUUGGCGUGGAUAGCUGGUACGGAGAUACAGCGAACCUUCCUCAACUGCUCAACCACGAGCUAUUAACGAGGAUAAACGUUCACGGAUACGUGAAUAGGUACGAAGACGGGAGCGCGGCUUCAUCUUACGAGCAAAAAUUCGGCAGUAUUCGCGACGUCGGAAAGAUGCUUGGGAAGGAGAUCUGGGUUAGCGAAGCGGGACCGUUGAGCAAAGUAGGAAGCUUCUGGGACCUCUCACUCUACAUGGCUCGAAAUGUCAUCGAGAGCGUCAAUAUCAUGGAGGCCUCGGUGUAUUCCAUCUGGCAGGCAUACGAUUUCUACGAUCGCUGGUCGUUCAUCCUCUUUCCGAUGUACAGUCCGCCAUACGAAGGCCGAUUGGAAAUGCCCAAGGUCAACAAGCGGUUCUGGCUAUUCAAGCACUUUACGCUGCUGGCUAAGCCUGGGUCCAAGCCAAUUAGGAUAGGUUCGGACUGUCAGCACGGGAUAAGCGCGUUCUACAACCCUCAGGAGGCGCAACUUACGGUGUUUAUGGUGAAUCAGGAGGCUGGGGACCGACGAGUGACUCUCAGUUUGGACGGAUUCAAGACAAAUGUGAUGGGGAGCACCAGCGUGGUUAUUAGGAGAACAACCGCCUUCACGAAUUUUAGCAAAAAGGUGUUCGCGCGGUUCAAGGGGAUUGCGCGGGUCACAAUGUGGGGACAGACCUUCGUUUCUAUCACAUUCACCAAUGUGGCAUACUAG